UUCGCCAUUAUUCGUAGAAUGAAAACUAACGAAAAGUUAGAGUGAAACGGAGUAAAUAAAGUUCAGUAGCGCAAAAAAGAGAGAAAAAUACAUCACAAGUGUAGAAGUUUUUUCUCCAUUUCUGUCAGUGAUAUAUACAUCCAAGAGCCAAUCAAUUAUCACAUAAAAUUUCAGCAGACGAAUUUUUGCAGCAAGUCGAUUUCAAUCCAUCGUCAUUUAUAAUAGCCAGCGAAUUUUAUAAAUUUAUCAUUCAAACAUUUAAAGGACACGAGCAAAAAAAAAUACCGAAAAACGAAACGAUUCACUUGAAUAAUCUCAUAAGCAAUUUCAAAAAAUCAUCAAUAUUUUAUGUUUUCAACUCAUAUUUCAGGACUUUCCGAGACAGCUGUAAUGGACCUAAUCGCCAAUAAUUUGCAGCAACAACGCAAUAUGGUUGAGCAAUUGCGACGUGAAGCAAAUACUCAACGGAUGCCAGUGUCACAGGCCUGUGCUGAUAUCAUAAAAUAUGUAACCGAACAUGAGCAAGAAGAUUGUCUCCUUGUUGGUUUCUCCAGCCAAAAAGUCAAUCCAUUCCGUGAGAAGAGCUCUUGUCAAAUUCUCUAAACAAAACAUAAUUUAUUAAACAGUGCAAUUUUCAUCCGAUACGCACAAAUCUACAUGCUCUACACAUAAAAUACCAUAUAAAUGGAAUCUAGCUUAAACGCGAUCUAUUUUUCUCAUCAUAUACACAACACACACUCAUCAUACAUAAACAAAUACACACACAAACACAAUCUAACGUGAUAAAUGUAACAAACAAACAAAAAGUAACAGAACCUCAGCCAUAGAGUAGCAUCCGCAACAAUCCUUUUUAAAGAAACAAAAAAAAAAAAA